GAGAUUCUAUAUAAGUUUUUCGUAAUCGAUGCCGCAGAAGCAUGGUAGGAAAGGCACUUUUUACAACCGUUGUGCUUCUCGCAUCAGUGCCAUUCGUGACGUUGAAUGAUGUUUUCAAAUGCGCACCAAACCUCUGCAAAAAACUGGAUAUGAGAAAGUUUGUAGGUACAAGGGAACCUAUAUGGACUUGGAAUACAACCGCAAAGGAGGACAUUUCAUGUAAAGUGGACGUGAUGAAGAGUCUGGCCGAAGGAUCCAUUUUAUUCACUCGAAAAUUUCACAUUAGCAGCGAAUUGCGUCCGAUUGCUGAGAACUACGAGGGAAUCUUUCUGAAAAAACAACAAAACGUGAUGCAACUACGCGAGCCAGGUCACAACUUUAUGGCGAAGGAAACUAUUCUUUAUCACAGUGGAAGAUAUCACUGCGCAGUGAUUAGGGUGACACCUACCCUAAGCAGUCAUCUACCCUAUUAUGACCUCCGUGUAUGGAAUUCCGUAGUUAGUCAAGGCCCUCACAAAAAAUGUAUUACACGAUUCAUGAAACACGGACAAGGCGGACACGUCAUUUAUCGAUCGACCUGUCAGGGCAUUCUGCCUUAUAAAGGUCGUUGAAUUUAGGAGAGAAAAAGCACGAAGUACUGAAAGAACAGGCUAUUUGAUUAACUUUGUGGACGUGGUGCAUCAAGAUGUGCAACUGUAAAACGAAGACCGCGGCAGCACUGUGUUACCCGAGGAAAUAAAAUUUGGCGCAUCAUGA